AUGGCCGGGAAUACGGAAAUCGAAAUGUCAAAGCCGGAAGCCAAAUGCUUAGAAUCAGGGAUAACUCCUGAUCCUUAUGCAAGCCUCUCAUCCGAAGAUGCAGAAUUCAUGAAAAGCUAUGAAGGAAAAGCUGGGCGAAAAGUGGUCAGAAAGAUUGACUACAGGCUGAUACCUAUCAUGGGUCUUCUCUACCUGUUGUCGCACAUUGACAGAGGAAAUAUUGGUAAUGCGAAGAUUGAAGGAAUGGACAAAGACCUCGGACUAACUGGAAAUCAAUACAAUAUCGCCAGCACAAUCUUUUUCGUCCCCUAUAUCAUUUUUGAGAUCCCUUCGAACAUUGUGCUUAAGAAAGUUCGACCUAGCUUGUGGCUGUCUUUCUUGGUUCUUUCAUGGGGCACUGUUAUGACACUUAUGGGAGUGGUCAAAAACUUUCAAGGAAUGGUUGCUUGCAGAGUAUUUCUGGGUCUAUGCGAGGCCGGCUUCUUCCCUGGUGCAGUUUACAUUGUUACGACCUGGUAUCCACGACAUGAGCUUCAACAGCGCCUCGCCAUCUUCUACACAGCAUCUGCUUUCUCGGGUGCCCUAAGUGGUCUUUUGGCUUUCGGGAUUGCUCGCAUGGAUGGUAUACGUGGUAUAGAGGGAUGGAGAUGGAUCUUCCUUCUCGAGGGAGUCGUGACUAUCACGGCAGGGCUUGCAAUGCCAUUCUUGAUCCUGGACACGCCAGAAAAGGCCAAGUGGCUCAGUGAUGAAGAAAAACGAUUCAUAGACUUGCGUCUUCGCCUUUCAGGUGUCCGCUCCCAGACUCAAGAAGGCGACAAACUUUCUUGGCGCUUGCUUUUCCAGACCAUGACAGACUGGAAAAUCGGCCUGGGCAUCUUGCUUGCUUGGGCGAAUUCAGUUCCGAAUGCCGCCUUCAAAUUUACCAUGCCACAGAUCAUCAAGCAACUGGGGUUUUCUACCGAGAAAGCUCAACUCCUUACCAUUCCUCCAUACUUUUGCGGUGGUGAGGCGGCAUGGAUCACUGGCAGAUUUUCAGACAGAUUUUCGUGGCGUAUGCCGUUCAUAGCCGGCCCAAUGACUGUGCUUGCAGUGGCACUUGGUGUUCUCUUCCGAUACUCCUCAGACGUCGCCAAUAACGUAUCAGCCAUGUACGUUGGAGUAGUAUUAGCUCAGAUCGGCAUAUACCCUCUCCUUCCGGGUAUUACUGCGUGGAUAGGCAAUAAUUUAGCUCCAUCCUGGAAGCGGUCUAUUGGAAUUGCUUGGCUUCUAGCAGCCGGUAAUCUGGGAAGUCUCAUCGGAACCAACAUUUUUUUGGAUAAGGAGGGCCCGCGGUACCCUACUGGAUAUGGAACAUCACUGGGAAUCAUUUGCCUAGGACUAAUAUCAGCAUUUGCGUUGGAAUUCCUGUUGUGGAAUUUGAACAAAAAGAAGGCGAAACUGUCCGAGGCUCACAUCCGGCAACAGUACACGCAAGAACAGCUGGACGGAAUGGGCGAGAAGAGCCCUCUAUAUCAAUACACUCUAUAG